GCGAGAUAAUGAGGCUGUUACACUAAAGCCGACGUCAUCACGUAAAACAUUGUUUAGACGCAAAAGUUACUUUUGGUUACUCUGUUAUGUCCACUAUUUGUGAAAUACCAACCUAAUAUUUAGUUGCAGCUCGUGGUGUGAUAUUACUUCGUGCAGAAAGUCAUAUUUAAGCUUUACGUUUACUCGAAAUUUGCUGUGAUUUAAUAGCUGCACUUGAGUAGCAUUUUUAAUUGCAUUUUAAAUUCUGUGUGUUUCAAAAUUGUGUUGUGCAUUCUAUAAUCCGGCGAAAAAGAACGAAAUUUCGCUGCCCCACAAACGAUAACUUUUUUGUUAAAUAGUUGGAAAACUUUAAUGGAUUCAGUCAUUGCUCAAAAUGACUGUUGAACCUCAAAAAAGUGAUUCAUCAAACCAAACCUCAGAAGAAAGCCUAAUUGCUGAACAAAUGUUUGGUCUAGUCGAUGUUGUAAUUCUUGCCGGGCUAUGUGGGCUAGCUAUUUAUUGGAUUUUCUUCAGGAAAAAGAAAACAGAAACACGAUCUUUUCAGUUAGAUCGAAUGGAUAGUGUUGAAUUAUCAGAUUCCAGUUUUAUAUCAAAGAUGAAAGCUACUGGCCGAAAUAUUGUCGUUUUUUAUGGUUCACAAACAGGUACUGCAGAAGAAUUUGCUGCACGAUUGGCUAAAGAAGCCAGUCGUUACAGAAUGAAAGCUAUGGUUGCUGAUCCAGAAGAGUAUGAUAUGGAAGAUCUCGUACAAGUUUCUGAAGUUGAAAAUUCUCUGGCAAUAUUUUGUAUGGCGACAUAUGGUGAAGGGGACCCCACCGAUAAUGCUCAAGAAUUUUACCAGUGGUUGCAGGCUGGUGAAGCUGAUCUAAGUGGCUUGAAUUAUGCUGUGUUCGGUCUCGGAAACAAGACUUAUGAGCACUAUAAUUCCAUGGGGACAUACGUCGAUAGUCGGCUGGAGGAAUUAGGUGCUACAAGAGUUGUGGAACUUGGAUUAGGAGAUGAUGAUGCAAAUAUUGAAGAAGAUUUUAUUACAUGGAAAGAAAAAUUCUGGGGUGCAGUUUGUGAAUUCUUUCACAUUGAAAGUCUUGGUGAAGAUAUUAAUUUGCGUCAAUAUCAACUAGUUAUUCACGAUGAUAUUGAAUCAGAAAAGAUAUUCAGUGGAGAAGUUGCCAGAUUAAAUUCUUAUAAGAAUCAGCGACCACCUUUCGAUCCCAAGAAUCCUUACUUGAGUACUAUGAUUGAAAAUAGAGAGCUUUACAAAGGUGGACGAUCCUGCCGUCAUGUUGAGCUUGAUAUAAGUGGGGCCAAAUUAAGGUAUGAUGCUGGGGAUCAUGUUGCAAUUUAUCCAACCAACAAGACUGAGCUUGUUGAGAAAAUUGGAAGGAUACUUGAUGUGGAUUUAGACACUGUAUUUAGCCUUAAUAAUUUAGAUGAGGACAGCACAAAAAAGCACCCAUUCCCUUGUCCAACAACCUAUCGCACAGCGUUAUCUCACUAUGUUGAUAUCACCAGCAUACCUCGCACUCAUGUCCUGAAAGAAAUAUCUGAGUAUGCAACAGAUGAGGAACACAAGAGGAUGCUGAAGCAAAUGGCUACCUCAACUGAAGAAGGAAAGAGUCUGUAUCUGAAUUGGGUCGUCAAAAACUGUCGAAGCAUCAUCCACAUACUGGAAGAUAUGCCAUCCCUCAAACCUCCUCUAGAUCACCUGUUAGAGUUGCUACCAAGACUGCAAGCUCGCUACUAUUCAAUUUCCUCAUCUCCUAAACUCCAUCCUAACUCAGUGCACGUCACAGCAGUUGUUGUCGAGUACCAAACGCCUACAAACCGCAUGACCCAAGGCGUCACCACAGGAUGGCUACAACAUCUGGAAGUGACGGAAGAAAAGAAACCCCAAAUUCCUAUCUUCAUCCGACGUUCUCAAUUCAGGCUCCCCAGCAAACCUCAGACACCAAUCAUCAUGAUAGGUCCAGGUACUGGUGUGGCUCCUUUCAGAAGCUUUAUCCAAGAAAGAGCUGCUCUGAGGAAAGAAGGAAAACCUGUCGGGGACACCAUUCUGUACUUUGGUUGUCGUAAGUCAUCCGAAGAUUUUCUGUAUGGAGAUGAAUUGAAAAUGUAUCAUGAAGAAGGAACAAUUACAAAGUUGUAUUUGGCCUUUUCACGAGAUCAACCUGAAAAACUGUAUGUCACUCAUUUAUUGAAGCAGAACAAAGAAGAGAUUUGGAAAAUUAUUGGAGUGCAAAGUGGACACAUAUAUAUUUGUGGGGAUGCUAGAAACAUGGCAAAGGAUGUACACAACAUUCUUUUAGAUGUCAUUCAAGAGUUCAGUAAAAAGACCAAAAAUGAAGCUGAAGCGUUCAUCAAGAAAAUGGAGUCACAGCGAAGAUAUUCAACUGAUGUUUGGAGCUAACAUGACUAUGUAGUCUUAAUUACUGAAUACUCUUAAUGCAAAGAGAGGAAGAGACUCUUCCAUAAAUGUGGAUGCAAACUCCAGAUGAGUUCAAGGAGAAAAUCUUGCUGAAUUCACAUUUGUCAGCAGCUCUGCAUAUAAAAAAUGCAGUUUAUUUAUUGCAAACUGCAAAUUCCAGAUUUCAUUGCUGAUCUGUUUAUUGGAUGUUAAUAUUUUUUACAGCUAUUGUUUUUAAUUGAUUUUUAAGAGUAGCUAUCUCAGUUAUAAUGUUGUAAUAGUAAUUUAGAUUUAUUUUGUUUGCUGAUGUUUUUUGUUUUUAACUUUAAAAAAAUUAUGUUUUCUGUGGCCAAUUAUGCAUUUUUUUUUAAUUUAAUUAAUUUUUUUUUUUUUUCAAAUUCCAAAGAAUGAAUGAGAGAACUCUUGUAUGUUCUUUAUUUAUAUUGUAUUUGAAAUGUUUUUGUUAUUAAUAAUUUAGAUAUUUUUAAAAUAUAUUUUUAGUAUUAAAUGCUCCAUUUGAUUCCUAUGUUAAAUUUGUUAAUUAUUGAUAUUUGUCUCAAAAUAUUGUAUGAAUAUAUUUUCACGAUUCAUUCAUUUGAUUAGAAUGCCAAUAUUAUUUUAAGCAUAAAACAUAUUUUAUGUUGUUAUAGAUAAUUAUGUUGAAAAUUUUAUCCCUGAAUCAUGGUAUAUGUUUAUGUAAAUAUUAAAGAUUAAUAUAAUUUUACAAAUGAAUCUUUAUAUUUAAACUUUUUUUUUUUAAUGAAUAGACCUUAAAAAGUGCCUAAUAGUAUAUUCAAGGUAGUUUGCAAGAUUGCCAUUCUUUUAGAAACAUUUGGCAUGUUACAUAGUAUAAUCGAGCAUUUCAAAAUAAUUUUAAAAAAAGAAAGAAACUAAAAUCUAAAUUGUUUAUUUUAAAAUAUUUUAAAAGUAUUCAUUUUGUAUAAAUAAGUAUCAAAAUGCAAAAUGAACUUUUAUUUCUAUCAUAUGCUUAUUGAUGAACACAGUAAAUGAAAGUUGUAUUCUUUUUCUAUUUUUGUACAUGAAAACAUUCCUUCAAUUAUAUCCAUUUUUGUUUUGGAAAAUUCCUUGGAAUUUUGUUUUACAUGAAGCUUCUUCAAGUGCCAAUGAGUACAAAAGUAACUUUCCUACUUGUUCUGUAUAAUUUAAAUAUUAUGUGUAUAUGUAGCUUUUCCCCCAAAUGCACUAGUCAGCAAAAAAAUAUUCUACUUACUCUGAAAGCAUUAUUUAACUUGAAUAUUGAUGCAUUUCAAAAUCAUAAGUUACUUUUAAUAGAAAGUUGUUUUUUAAGAGCUCAUUGUUAAAAGUUGUUGAAGCUUAUUUUGAUUAUUAUGUAUGAGAACUUUUUUUUUUUUUUUUGAAAAUUUUGUAAAUAAAAUGCUUUUUAUCUUAUUUUGAGAUAUUGUCAGACCAUAUUUUAUAAAUAAAAUAAUAAAGUGAUUUUUAGUGCUA